AUGGCAGUAUACAAAGUAAAGCUUGAUCAAGGAGUGGUUCCUACCAAAGACACUCUGAUUCAACUCGGUGACAGUAUUAAUGUCUAUCCUAUUGCUAUUGGUACAUGGCAAUGGGGUGAUAAGCAUGGCAAGUUUUUCUGGGGAUGGACUCCUGAGGCAGAGAAAGAUGCCAAGGAGGCGUUUGAUGCUGCACACAAACUCGGUGUUCCAUUUUAUGACACAGCUGAGGUGUAUGGUGAUGGAGAGUCGGAAAAGGAACUAUCUCGGUUCCGUAAAGUCUAUUCUGCUGAAGAACAAGAAAAGCAGAUCAUUGCCACCAAGUUCUUUCCGCACCAACACCGCACCCAGUUCCCUGCCGUUCUGUUUUCUGCCCUAAAGGAUUCCUUGGACAGAAUUGGGAUCCACAAGGUAGAUCUUUACCAGAUCCAUGCUCCCAUCCACCCGGCUGCAAUUGAAGUUGUCGCUGAUGCUUUGGCCGAUGCUUUUGAUGCCGGACUCGUCAAGAGUGUGGGAGUGUCAAACUAUGGCUUGGGUGAAAUUGAGCGGAUGCACGCAGCCUUGAAAAAGAGAGGGAUCCAGCUGGCAUCUAAUCAGGUCUCAUUCUCUCUUGUGCGCACUAUUCCUGAAAAGGAUGGCUUGAUCAAGCUGUGUCAUGAUCUUGGUGUUGGUAUCUUGGCCUAUUCACCUAUUGGUAUGGGAAUUCUGAGUGGAAAGUAUCGUGUGAAUGAUCCAGCACCGGUUGGUCGUGAAAAGGUAUUCGAUAGCCUGGAGAAAGGACAGCUACAGAAUCUUUUGGAUAGCCUAAAGAGACUGGCCGAAAAAUAUGACAGACCCCAGAGUGCGAUUGCUCUGAACUGGUGUAUUGCAAAGGGUACAAUUCCAUUAGGAGGAGCCAGAAAUGCUAGCCAGGUUGAGCAGAAUGUUCUUGCACUUGGGUUUAUCUUGUCACCAGAAGAUGUUGCCGAAUUGGAUAGAUUUUCGUUCAAGGGUGUGAAUAAUGACAGCUGGAAGCACGGAUAA